UUUGACUUAUCAUUAGUGGAUCAUAAAUCGAGCUAAAAUGCAAUCCUCAAAGACCACCAUAGCCCUUCUUCUUGGCUGCAUUGUUCUUCUGGGACCAAUGAUGGAUGUGGCUCAUUCUCUUGAUUUGGCCAGAGCUGCUAAGUGCGCUGAAGUUGUUGCAGCAGGCACUGCAGCUUAUUUAAGCACCGCUCCACCCAUUAUUAAGAAAUUGGUAACCUGCUCUGGUUUCAAGGCCGCUAAACCAAAGGUAGCCGAUCAAAAGGAAUUGUUCUUGCUGAUCGGUGACUUUUUGAAAGCAGCGAUUGCUAAACCAAAUUGCGUGAUGUCUUCACUUCUUGAGACCCGAAACGUGUUGAAUAAGCAUGUCGAAAACUUCUUUAACGCCAAGUGCUUUGUUUAAAUAAAGACACCUGCCUGAGCAGAUGAUAUUUUCCAAUUUCUUUCAAGUACAUAAAUUAAA